AUGAAGAACGAGGGAGACCACAACGAAAUCCACACAGUGGAGGAGUCAUAUCAGGAUUCAGACUGUGGAGAGAGCUUCAGGCAGAGCUCCCAUUCCUCUUCCCAUCAAAGAAAUCCCCUUGAGAAUAAACCCCAUCAGUGCUUGGAGUGUGGAAAGAGCUUCAGUCGCCGAGGCCAGCUUACUGUUCAUCAACUUAUUCAUACAGGGGAGAAACCCUAUAAAUGUUUGGAAUGUGGAAAGAGCUUCAUUAGGAGCAGCAAUCUCACUUCCCAUCAAAGAAUUCAUACAGGAGAGAAACCCUAUCAGUGCUUGCAGUGUGGAAAGAGCUUCAGUCACAGCCACCAACUAAGUGUCCAUCAAAAUAUUCAUACAGGGGAGAAACCCUAUAAAUGUUUGGAAUGUGAUAAGACAUUCACUCAGAGCUCCCAGCUCAGGACUCAUCAAAGAAUUCAUACUGGGGAGAAACCCUACCAGUGCUUGGAAUGUGGAAAGAGGUUCCGUCAGAGAUACAAGGUCACUGUCCAUCAGAGAAUUCAUACAAGGGAAAAACCUUAUCAGUGCCAAGAUUGUGGGCAGAGCUUCAGAAAAAAGGACAGAUUAACUUCCCACCAAAGAAUUCAUACAGGGGAGAAACCCUACCAGUGCCAAGAGUGCGGAAAGAGCUUCAGAACAAAGGAGAGUUUCACAGUCCAUCAUAGAAUUCAUACAGGGGAGAAACCUUAUCAGUGCUGGGAGUGUGGAAAGAGCUUCAGUCAAAAGAACAGUUUCACUUCCCACCAAAGAAUUCAUACAGGGGAGAAACCUUAUCAGUGCUGGGAGUGUGGAAAGAGCUUCAUUCUAAAAGGCCAACUUAUGUCCCAUCAAAUAAUUCAUACAACAGAAAAACCCUAUCAGUGCCAAGAAUGUGACAAGAGCUUCAGUCGAAGAGAGAGUUUCACUUCCCAUCAGAGAAUUCAUACAGGGGAGAAACCCUAUAAAUGUUUGGAAUGUGGAAAGAGAUUCACCCGGAGCACCAGUCUCACAACCCAUCAAAGAAUUCAUACAGGGGAAAAACACUUUCAGUGCUUGGAAUGUGGAAAGAGAUUUAUUCUCAGAAGGCAGCUUACCCACCAUCAGAGAAUUCAUACAGGGGAGAAACCCUAUAAAUGUUUGGAAUGUGGAAAGAGCUUCAAUGAGAGGUCCAAGCUAACUUCCCACCAAAGAAUUCAUACAGGAGAGAAACCCUAUCAGUGCUUGGAAUGUGGAAAGAGCUUCAAUGAGAGGUCCAAGCUAACUUCCCACCAAAGAAUUCAUACAGGGGAGAAACCCUAUCAUUGCGUGGAAUGUGGAAAGAGCUUCAUUCACAAAGGCCAGUUCAUGGCCCAUCAAAGAAUUCAUACGGGAGAGAAACCUUAUCAGUGCUUGGAAUGUGGAAAGAGCUUCAUUCACAGACGCCAGCUUACUGUCCAUCAAAUAAUUCACACAGGGCAGAAACCCCAUCAGUGCUUGGAAUGUGGAAAGAGCUUCAUAGACAAAGGCCAGCUCACUGUCCAUCAAAGAAUUCAUACAGGGGAGAAGCCAUAUCAGUGCUUUGAAUGUGGAAAGAGCUUCAAUAAGAGCAGCACUCUCACUUCCCAUCAAAAAAUUCAUACAGGAGAGAAACCCUAUCAGUGCUUGGAAUGUGGAAAGAGAUUCACCCACAGCACCAGUCUCACAACCCAUCACAGAAUUCAUACAGGGGAGAAACCCUAUAAAUGUUUGGAAUGUGGAAGCAACUUCAAUACGAGCAGCAAACUCACUUCCCAUCAAAGAAUUCAUACAAGGGAGUAA